GAAACUUCCGUCUGCUUCCAUCUCCAGACCUCCUUAAGUUGGUCGGAUGGGUGAUUUUGCCCUAAAAAUGUUGGUCUAAAGAGCCCCCUACCUUCCAUGGAUGAUUACACAUCAUCAUCAUCAUGUACAACCACAACAGCAACCAAAACUCCGACCACAAACCGCCGCCCAUGGCGGCUCCGAUGAGCCCUCGCAUCUCUUUCUCCAACGACUUCGUAGAGUCCGGCGGCGGCGGCGGCGGCCACUACCACCCCCACUUCAUCAAGAACGAGAGGUCCUAUUACAGAGACGCCCCUGUUUCCUCUGACUUCGAAUUCUCCGUCUCCAACUAUCCGCCGGCGACUACGACCGCCGACGAGCUCUUCUCCAUGGGCCGGCUCCUGCCUUACAAUGAGACCACCGUCCGCUCAGCGGCGGCGCCACCUAACAGGCCCACCACCCUCAAGGACGAGCUCCUUGUUGAGGAUAGCGAUUUGUCUUCUUUCAAGCCUCCCAAGAGUUCUACCAGAUGGAAAGGCCUUUUGGGUCUCCGCAAAUCUCACAUUGGCUCCAAAAGAGUGGACAAGGUUGAAGAUGCUAAGAGGGAGGAGGCGGUGGUUCUUCACGGCGGCGCCAAGAACUCACGGGAGGCAAUGCAUGGAGGGAGCUCAUCAUGCAGAGAUUCAGAUUUUCGAUUUUAACUGAUUCACAUUGCUUUUAAGAAUGGUAAGGAGAGGUUUAGCGAAAAAUAUUCAGAUAAUGGUAAAAUUAAUUAACUUGGUUUCACUCAUUCAUUUGAUCAAUUUGGAGUAAAUUUUAUAUGAUUUUAGCAUUAUCUGAAUGUUCCUCCCAAACUCUCCUUAAAUUAUUAUGAUAGGUUGCUAUGUUGUUUCGUUGGGGUUGGGGGAUAUUUGUGUGGUAGCCAUCUUAGCUUAGCAGGAAUUUGUAUGACUUCUGUUUUAAAAUGGAAGUUUAAUUUGGUACAAAUGUAAUCAGUUAUGUUUUGGGGUUGGAUCAAUAUUCUACUCCCUUAUUAAUUUGGCUUGUUUUAUUCAUCACUUCCUCCUACUCAAAAUAGAUUGUCGAGUUUAUUUGUUUGUUACAAAUUUCUUUUGAACUGUUUUCAUUCUC